GAGUGUGUGUGGAUGCCUGGCGUGGGCUUGUCUCUCCUCCAACCCGCACAGCAUCAUCACCAUCACUCCGUCUACGGAAACAGACUCGUACGCACCAUCACCCUCAUCCUCCUCUUCCACAUCUCCGGCUGAAGAGGCUCCACAUCGCAGGAAUAAAGACAAAACAAGAGCCUGUGGUCAGUCCAGUGAUUGACAACACAUCUGUGAGGUGUAUCCUGAACACACAGAAGCUUCAGGUGGCCUCUCCCCUAAAUCCUUGACCACUUUUUGAUCUUCUGAUCCUCUUUAAAAUGGAGGAGGGUUACCAAAACCGGACUGCCUUCAUAAAAGGCGCCAAAGACAUUGCCAAAGAGGUCAAGCGGCAAGCAUCCAAGAAGGUCGGCCGCUCAGUGGAUAAGGUGACCGACGAGUACAGCAAGCGUUCCUACAGCCGGUUUGAAGAGGAUGAUGAUGAUGACUACCCCCAGCAGGGGAGCCAGGACGGAGGCUAUUACCGUGGAGACAGCCAGGCGGCCAAUGACGAGGAGGGCGGUCACAGUGACUCCACAGAGGGUCACGAUGAGGAUGAUGAGAUCUAUGAGGGCGAGUACCAAGGAAUCCCUCGGGCUGAAUCUGGCAAAGGCAGCCUGGCUGGAGGACCGGGCUCGGUGAGUGCCGGCGCUCAGCAGUUAGGAGACAUCGGAGUGUCCGAGGCCGAGAGGAGGAAGGACCAGGAGGAGCUGGCUCAACAGUACGAGACCAUUUUACAAGAGUGUGGUCACGGGAAGUUCCAAUGGACCCUGUACUUUGUGCUGGGGCUGGCACUUAUGGCAGACGGCGUGGAGAUCUUUGUGGUGGGGUUCGUCCUGCCCAGUGCUGAGAAGGACAUGUGCCUGUCUGAACCCAACAAGAGCAUGCUAGGACUGAUUGUAUAUUUUGGGAUGAUGGUCGGGGCCUUCCUCUGGGGGGCUAUGGCUGACCGGAUAGGCCGCCGCCAGUCUCUUCUUAUCUGUCUCUCUAUCAACAGUGUAUUCUCCUUCUUCUCCUCCUUCGUCCAGGGAUACAGCACCUUUCUGUUCUGCCGACUCCUCUCGGGUGUUGGGAUUGGUGGCUCUAUUCCCAUCGUGUUUUCCUACUACUCUGAGUUCCUGUCCCAGGAGAAACGUGGAGAGCACCUCAGUUGGCUCUGCAUGUUCUGGAUGAUUGGCGGGAUAUACGCAUCUGCCAUGGCCUGGGCUAUUAUCCCACAUUACGGAUGGAGUUUCCAGAUGGGCUCGGCCUAUCAGUUCCAUAGCUGGCGUGUGUUUGUGUUAGUGUGCGCGUUUCCCGCUGUCGCAGCCAUCGCUGCCCUCAGUGCCAUGCCAGAGAGCCCACGCUUCUACUUAGAGAACGGCAAACAUGACGAAGGCUGGAUGAUUUUGAAGCAAGUUCACGACACUAACAUGCGAGCAAAGGGACACCCAGAGAAAGUGUUUUCUGUCACCACAAUUAAGACGGUGAAACAGAUGGAUGAGUUGUCGGACAUUGGCACCGACACUCCGGUCUGGCAGCGCUACAGGCUGAAGAUCGUGAGCCUCUCCCAUCAGAUUAGGAACAACAUCCUUGCCUGCUUCAGCCCAGAAUAUAAACGGACCACUUUCAUGCUCAUGGCUGUUUGGUUUACCAUGUCUUUCAGCUACUACGGUCUGACAGUGUGGUUCCCAGACAUGAUCAAGUACAUCCAGAGGCAGGAAUAUGACUCACGCACAAAGACCUUCACUAAGGAGCGAAUGGAUCACGCCACUUUGAACUUCACCAUGGAAAACCAAGUGCAUCGCCAAGGACACUUUUUCAAUGACAAGUUCCUGAACCUGAAGAUGAAGUCCAUGGUGUUUGAAGACUCAGUGUUUGAGGAGUGCUACUUUGAGGACAUCACCUCCACUCACACCUUCUUCAGAAACUGCACCUUCAUUGCAAGUUUGUUCUACAACACAGAUUUAUUCAAGUACAGGUUUGUGGACUGUAAACUACUCAACAGCACCUUCCUCCACAACAAAGAGGGCUGCAUACUGGACUUCAGCGACGACUUCAACAAUGCCUACAUGAUUUACUUUGUCAACUUCCUCGGCACGUUGGCGGUGUUGCCUGGCAACAUCGUGUCAGCUCUAUUAAUGGACAAAAUUGGGCGUUUAAGGAUGCUGGCGGGAUCCAGUGUCAUAUCUUGUAUCAGCUGUUUCUUCCUGAUGUUCGGCAACAGUGAGUCGGGGAUGAUUGCCCUCUUGUGCCUGUUUGGUGGCAUCAGCAUCGCCUCGUGGAACGCCCUGGAUGUGAUCACAGUGGAGCUCUACCCCUCGGACAAAAGGUGCACAGCGUUUGGCUUCCUGAACGCCCUCUGUAAGCUGGCGGCGGUCCUGGGCAUCAGCAUCUUCCAGUCAUUCGUCGGCAUCACCAAGGCCGUACCCAUCAUAUUCGCUGCAGGCGCCCUCGCUGCAGGUAGUUUCCUUGCGACAAAGUUGCCUGAAACGCGAGGCCAAGUGUUGCAGUAAAACAAAUGACCAGCAGUUGGCAGCAGAGCACAGCUGGAGUGUGUGUUUGACAACAAAAGGCCCGAACAUCCCAGAGAGCUGCCGCCACACACCAACAGAGCAGACUGCCAUCCCCAUUGUAAGCCCAGAAUCCUUUGAAACACGGACUGCAUCAUUUAAAGUCUAUAGAGCGAUAAAGAGUAGAGCACACAGAUGUAGAAAUACAUUCCUAUGUCAUGAUAACAUGUCUAAAUCUGUAUGAUAACACUUUCAGCUGAGGACAGAGAUGUUAAACGCAGAGAUGAGACUAGAAAAAAGCCAUUCAUGGGGAACGUGAAAAUAUUUAGUCCAUAAAUGUGGUAGGUUUUAAUAUAUGAAUACAAUGUUUUACUUUCCUGUCUGUCCUUGGCAUCAGUGACUGGCUUUCAGUGCUGCUUUUUCCUAUCACUGCUUGUACAAUUUACUCCACAUUUCCAUUGAGGCUAGUGCUUUGAUAGAUGUUUUCUUUGGAAAGAUCUCACUAUGAAUUUCAGGGCGAUUAUAUUUUCUCUGAAAUGGCCCAUGACACUUGAUCACUGCCAUCUAAAACCAGAACAGUUUUUACCAAAUUAUAUAAAAACAUUCCAGUGAGACUUCAUUUAUUCAGAAUUCCUUAUCCCUGCAGUCUUCGACUGAAAGGUGAAACGCAGACAGGCGAAGAUGCAUUUCACAGGAUUCUUGGUUGUAAAUGGGAAUGGUUUGAUCCAGCUUCUCUCGUGUUUUCCCCUCCCUGUUGUUGAACCAUGCAGCUGUGGCAGUGUGAUGUCUGCAACACAGAAACGCAUUUUGGUCAAGUGCUUGAUGUUGAGAGAAGAUACUUUAGUGUAAUUUUUGUAAAUUAGUAGUGUGAGUGUGCAUGUGUGUCGUUAUGAAAGUGUUUCAUGUGUUUCAGUGCAGCCAUGGAGAGCAUCUCUUACUGAUCCAACAGCAGGAUGUACGGAGCAGCAGUCACACAUCCAUUUAUAUCAAAUACAAGUCACGCAGUAGCUCAGGUGUGGUGAAAUGUUUAGGCCACUUUUACAGCUGGUGUUAUGUUUAAGCAACAACUCACCAAUUUAUUGUACAUGCUGGAUAGUUCUCUUAUUUAAAAAAAUCCUUUUAUUUGCCUUGAUAUGAAAACAAGUCAUAAAUGAAUGGAAAAGUUUGUUCCAUGGAAACACGAAAUUGACAAAACUAUAAAUAUUGUUUUCAGUAGUUAUUGUCAGAAUGAAACUCGAAAAAUGACCAUAAUAUAAUUUUGUUAUAACUGUAUUUGGUUGUUUUAUAUUUUCCUGUAUGACCUUAAACAAACAAUGCAGUAUCCUUCCCUAACUUGUGUUAACGCCCCAAGGAGUCAUGAUGUGACUUCAUUAUUCUCAUAAGCACAAAUUAAACACAUCUGAAGUCCUAUUGAUCAGGCAGCAUGGCACAUAAGGGUCUAAUUUCAUUUUAAGGGCUUCUGAUCCUGUCAGAAUACACAUGUGCCACAAAAAGUGAAAUCCCUCACUGUGUUGCUACAUGAUUCUGCUUAAUCGAGAAGUACACAAAUACACAAGACCAUAGCUUAUUGUGACUUUGUUCUAAAUUGGACACAAUUUCUCCAAAGUAAAGCUAACUGAGUACCAUUAUAUAUACAUAUCAUUACUUAGUCGAUCAUUUCUCCAAAAGUGUACAUCAACAUGUGUGCUGACAAUCAGUGAGUGUAUGUAGGUGCUGCUGCCCAGUAGAGCAUGUUGUUUGACCUGAAGACGUCCUCUGGAUUGUGUGUGUGUGCGUGUGCGUGUGUGUUUGUGUGUAUGCAAGUUCAGGAAGUUUGAGGCUUUGGCAUUUUCUGUGAGUGAAGAAACACACACUUCAUAAAAAUAGCAGAUAUAAGCUCAGCUAUUGGAGUUUGUCUGACCUCUUGAACUGUAUAUGUGUGUGUGUGUGUGUGUGUGUGUGUGUGUGUGUGUGUGUGUGUGUGUGUGUGUGUGAGAGAGAGACUAUAAAAGAAUACUUCAACAUUUUAAGUAAGCUAUUCACUUGACUGCAGAAAUUCAGAUGACAAGAUUCAUACCACUCUCAAGUUAAGUAUGUGGGCAGCGAGGAGGUGUUAGCUUAGCUUAGCAUAAAGACUUCAAACGGGUGUGUAGAAGCAUUUCCUAAAGUGUAAAAAAUAUUCCUUUAUUGUGAUGAAAUCUCUCCUUUUUUGUCUUGUGUCUAUAUGAUGACAAACGUGUCCCGUCUUGUUCAUGUUGGAGAGACUGUUAGGAUAUGUCGUUCUGUUCAUGUGUGGAGUGUGUGUGUGUGUGUGUGUGUGUGUGUGUGUAUGUAAGCUGACUCUAAAUCGUCUGUCACAUAUUUUUCUACUUUUUUCUGUUGCGGUGUUUUCAUCCCUGCGAUGAAUGCAGCUCAGUUGGGGACCAUGAAAAUAUAUUUACACUAAAGAGAAGAAAAAACAACAAUAUAUGCAGUGUAGAAUUGUAUGUGCUGUUCUUCAUGAUAGACUCGGGUGCUCUUUUGCUGAUUACAAUUCAGUCUUUGAAAACCAACCCCAUCAAAGAUAGCCAGUCUAAUAGAUGUCUGUUCUCGGUUUAGAAAUAUGGAAAAGGAUCAAAUCUUAAACGAACAAAAACAACUUUGCCCUCUAAUCCUUCUGUAUUCAAUCGUGACGCAUGUUUGUAUCGUAUUGUCUCACUUCUUGGACGUCCUGUAUGCCAGCUGUUUUUGUCUAAAGCAAGAACUAGUGUUUUCAUUGUUGUAUGAUGACAUAGAUUUGUUGCUUGCAGUGAUUGUUCUUAAUCAAAGUGGGGUUUAAAAUUGGUGAAACUUGAGUAUGUGUUCUGAAAGUAAGUUAGUGGUGACUGUGCUCCUUGUUUACCUUGGACCCAGAUAACUCUUUUUUUAAAUAAAUAUAUAUAUAUAUAUAUAAAUAUGCCUAAAGUUCAGCAGAGAAUGCUUGUAACUGUGCAAUUCAUCUUGUCAAAGAGGUACAAGAUAUGGCCAGAAAAUGGCAAUAUGCUUAGUGAGAAUGGAGCCAGAAUAAGUCCAAUUUGACAUUCACAUGUUUGUCCAUUUGAAACUAUUUUGAAAAGCGGAAGUGUGAGCAAUAACGUGGAGGCUUUCACUAAAUCUGAGGAAACAGGAAGUCUGUGUUAAAUCCAAGAGGACCACCAAAAUAUUUAUCAACUCAUCAAAAGAGCUCCCUCUGUCAAAUUGAAGCUCCUUUCCAAAAUGUAAAAGUUUACUAUUUAAUGUUACUAUGUGUAGAAUUUGCAUUCUAUACAAAUAUAUAUGUAUAAACUAUCAAAAGGGUCACUGGUUUGAGUUUUCUCUAUGACGGCAGUGAUAUGGGAUGUGUUAGCAAACACCUGCCUGAAGACUUCCAUUAAUGAUGGCGGUCUGAUAAAGGGGUGGAGGUCUUUUUAUGGCAUGGUUUCUGUUUCCUUAAGAGCACACGGAUCAGUUCUGAAUGAGUCCUGAAAAAAAAGGGCCGACCCAUGCCAGAAAACAACUCCAUCUGUAAAAGAACUGCAAGAAUCCUUCACUGUAGUUUGGACUUUGGGAAUUUAUGUUUGUGUUUUCUUUAGUUUGACUCUGAGCUGUUUAUUAAAUGAUAAAAGUUCUACUCUUAAUGUGAGUUCAAUUAUGAAAAAUCAAUGUACUGUGUGUAGAAACUGUAGAUGUUUGUACGUGCAAGUUUGGAAUUUGUGGAACAAAAGAUCAAUGAAAACAAUUCCAAAAAAGUUCAAUAUGACACAAAAAUCUAUCGUGUGUUGUCUUUGUGUUUUGUAAAUGAAGACUGAAAAUCUUGGUACAUUCAGUAUUUAUUACUUCUGGAUAUUGAGAAUAUUUUAGUGAUGCUGAAAAGGUGCUGUAUUUAUUUUACGUGAGAGUUGUUCAUUAUUCCAGGAUUGGCCCUUUAUCCAGUUCUUUGAAGAAAAUCAUAAUGGAAAUAAAACCUGAAAGAAAA